UAAAAAACUCAAAUCAAAUUGGUAUAUGUUUAUUAGUUUGUAACCAUAAAGCUUUUAAAAUGGCAGAAUAUAGCAGCUUGUUCUUGCAAUUGCUUGUACUAAUUUUGCUUCUUUUCUUGGCACUUAAAUUUCUCAAAUCUCUAUCGUCCAGAGGAAAUGUUGUAUGCAAUGGAAACAGUAGACGUCUCGAUUUCAUCGAGAAGUUUCAAGAAUGUGUAUCAACAAUGAACGAUGGAGCCGGAAAUAUAUCUUGUGUUGUAUCCCUUUCAUCUAAGCAAAGUCUGUUGUUUAAAGAUGUUUACGAUUCUCUGGUACUUCUAGUAAUGCGUCAACCAAUGCUGAGAUGUGUAAUUUCAACCAAGAAAGAUGGCGAACUUUACUAUGAGAUAAAGAAUCUUGAAGAUGCUAUUCCGCUCUUUGAUAUCAAGAAAUCUGAUGAUAAAAUUUCUGAUUGGAAAGAUUUAAUAUACAAGUACACCUCAACGGUUCAUAAAAAUGAUUUAUCAUGGAAAGCUGUUAUACUUCAACAGGAAUAUAAUACCACAACACAGGUUUAUACAAAUAUGAUAAUGUUUGCUUUUAAACAUUCUUGUAUCGAUGGCAUUUCUACAGUUAAGUUUGUGGAGCAAUUUAUAAAUAGUCUUAAUGAGAUAACCGAUGGAAUUAGCUAUGACGAAAAAGAAAUUUCAAGUCUAAAACUGUUACCAAGUGCGCACAGUUUGAUUACGCAGGAUAAAGUCGGCCAUACUUUGUUUCGCUUCAUCGCUAAUUACUUUGGUGUUCGCCCGAUCUUGACCUUUCUAUUUGAGCAAAUGAUUUUAUACAAAUAUAGGAAGAAAGCCCCUAAUCCAUUUUAUCAAAAAUACCCACCACUCUCUUUGGAUACAGUCCUUCCAGAGUCAGUUGAGCGUUUGGAAUUGAAAACAUUUAAUGAAGAAGAAACAGAGAUGAUUGUCAAAGAUUGCAAAGCCAACGGCUGUACAGUUACUGGAGCAAUAACGGCUGCUACUAAUUUGGCAUUUUACCAAUUAUUGGAUGAGAAAGAUAAAAAAAUGUUGAAUUUAGAAACAACGUUUGCCUGCAACAACCGAUCUUACGGCAACAAAAAACCUCAAGAUGAUUACUUGGGACUGUUUAUAUAUGUAUUUUCUUAUCACAUGAAUUAUUCUCAACCUGAUCUGCACAAGUUUUGGACCAUGGCAAAAGAAAAUAGUGUAAAAUUGAAACAAUUUGUUAAAAAUAAAGCAUUUGUUAAAGAAUUCACUUUAAUGUCUAGCAGUGGAUUGGAUCCAAAUACGUUGGUGAAUCUUAAAUUGAAAGACGACAGCAUUUGGAAAUCUACCAGCAAUGUGAUUUCAAGUUAUGGCAUGUUUCAAAUUGAAAGCUCUCGUGGACCAUCAGCAAUCUUUAAAAUUGAAAACUGCUAUAUUCAUGGGAUUUAUCACAAAGGAGAUUUUCUUUUUCGACAUCAUAUUUGUACAUUAAAUGGAAAACUGACCUGGAUGAUAAAAAGUGAUGCAACCAUUUCAGAUGAUCAUGCUCAGAAAAUGAGUCAUUUAUGUUUUAAUGAACUUAGUAAAAACUGCUGUCUUGUAGGUAAAGUAUAGGCAACAAUACCAAAAAGGGUUGCCAUUAAAUUCAUGAAAUAUUUAGAUCAGCUGCAAAGACUCUGCUUUCGAGGAAGUAGCGCAUGAUUGUUUUGUACCAAUCAGAAUUUAUAACAGCUUAGUAGUUUUUAAUUUUCUUCAACCAGAUUGAUAAAAUGACAAUGUAUUUUCCAGUCAAGGUGUAGCACAGAAAAUAUCAUAAACUUUUAAUUUUUUAUUAAAUAAUUCCUGUCUUUUUUAAAUAUGUGUUUUUAAACGUAGCCUUUGGAGCGCCGUUUAUAAAUAAAUUUGGAUCACAACAUUAAA